CGACAGCUCAUUCGUAAGUGAACUGUUUGGUGUGCUGCCACGUCGUUUGCGGAUUGCGCGCGAUUUGUGUAUAACACACAUACAAUAGAUAAUAUAGAGUUUAAUAAGAUAAACAAGGAAAUAAAUGUGAAAGCAAAACACAAGCGAUGGAUGAUAAGAAAGAAAAGCUGUAAAGUUAAGCGGAUAAUACAGCACGUUAGCGGAAAGUGAGUGACGUUAUUCAUAGCGCUUAUUGUCGUCCGAGCCCCCCAUGAGCCUUGUGCCGAGCGCGGGUAAUUUGAGGAAGUACAUAGAAGACUCAAUUGAAUGUCAGUCUGGCAAACAAUUUGAAAAUUAUCGCAACAGCCGACAAACUAACUGCCUGAAAUACAAAUGUGGCGAUUGCUUUCGUGCGACGUUGAACAGCAGCCCAAAUGACAGUUGAAAUUAAAUAAAACCGAAACAAAAAAACACAAAAACACUUCAACUGUUUAAAGUAUGAAAAGUGUCAUAAAAAGGCACUUUGACGGAAUAUUAAAAACAAAUCACAAGUGGCGAAAUAAAUUUAAUUAAAUCUAACUAAUACAUGUACUUCCAUUAUAAUUACAGUGUCAAUGUAAGGUAAACAAAUUGUCGAGUGCAAGUAGCUACAUAUUAUAACUAAUGUAAGAACAAAAAUGCUUAACUAUUUAAAAAAUAAUUUACGAGUUUAGUAAUAAUAAGUUCGCCAGAGUGUAGAUAAAAAAGUAAUACUCAAAUGCCGCAAAACCUCCAAAGUAGCUCGUUCUCGGCGUGUUGCGUAUACGCCCGCGGUACCGCGAGCAUUCAAACGUGAUGUUUUCCAUUUCUACAGCUUUUUCGAUUUAUUUCGGUUUAGUUGUUGUACAUGGGUGUUACAGUUGUUGUCGACUCAUCUAAGCAGUUCUAUUGCAAUUAUAUUUUAUGGGCACCGUUUGUGCGCUGCCGCUCCCGCCACGUCCGUCCAUUUCUGCCAUGAAACCCGGGACUGAGUAACCAACAGUCAGGGCAAGCCGCAGCCAGGGCGACACGUGCACUGCAAGUAUGCGCGUUCAAUGUUUUUUUUUACUUCUAGCAGAGCGCGCUCACAUUUACAGUCUCACUUUGUAAGGCGUUUUCUUUUCAGCUAAAUUUCGUUUUUUACCCGAAAUAAUUAAAUAUGACAUAAAUUAAACACAAAAGUUGAUAAUAAAAGUGCACUGAAAAAAGCUGUCUUCUAAAAAAAAACCGUUAAGCGUCCAAAAUUAAGUGUUAACAAAGUGAGUUUCGAGUGGCGGCUUUUUUUUGUGAUCAGUUUGGAAAGGGGGCGAUUGAAUAAUUAAUAAAUAGUGAAUAGAAUUGCUGUGCAAAUCAAAGCGUAAGAAGAGAGUUACCUGAAAUGGGCUAAUUUGGAAAAAUUCAGAAAAAUCAGAUGAAAUAGUAGUGUUGUUGCUAAACAAAUUUAUAGUUUCUAUUCUAACAGUUUUGAAUGCCUCAAUUGCAAGCCGCUGUUGCUGUUAUUUUUUUGGUUGCUACAGAUAGCUGUGCCACAUAUGUGUUAUGUCUAGUACGCCGCCGCUUGCCACAAAUAUCAGCAGUUGCCAUUGUCAGGGUGAAAACCGCGGCAGUGACUCUUGCUACUGUGUAGUAAAUCUGCGACUAGAGUCACCGAGAAGAGACAACUGCUGAUAUGCCGUCAUCAAAACUGUUACGCAUCUCAGCUUAUAGCGCCAGUGAAGCUGUAUCCUCACAGACAACUGAUGCUAUACAUACAUACUUACAUAUAAUAUUACGUAACUUAACGUUGGCGAAUUAUAAUUGUGAAAAUGGGUCUGAACAAAAGUGCUUUAGUUGGGUGACCCCUAAGUUUGACUAAAAUUAUACUACCCUUCUUUACUCCCACGUAUUUGUAACCAUUCAAAUUUUAUAUAUUUGUAAGUGGACCUGAUAUAUUGUUUGUGAGGUGCAAAUAUCACACUAAUCAUCUAUUUUGUUUAUUACUAUUACUAUUAUGUUUUUAUUUUCUUUAUCUUGAGUGGCAAGAAUUCAAUGUCAUUUCCAACCCUGAGCAUUCUUGCGCAAUUCAAAGCCACUGACAAAGAGCUUUCAUCGAAAACCUUAAUCCUAAAAUUCUCUGCUUGUACAUUUACAACUUCUGUCAGUUAUUUUAACAGUGUCGUUAUGCGUGUCUGUCUGUCAGAGCUUCCAGUUUGGCAAACUUCUUUCCACCGAAAGCGUUUAUAUUUGUGAUAAUUUGAAUUUAUUAGGCCUUUUCUAUUGUCUAGUCUGCUCCAAGAGAACCCCCGGACCCAUACACACACAGCCAGGAGGCUGCAUGUAGGCAUGCAUGCAAUGGCAACCUAAAAAUGAUUCUUCAACGAUUUGCCUUUUCUGGCUGCCUCACAGCUGCUGUGCGGUUUUAUGUUGUAGACUUAACCCUCUUAAUUGGGGUUAAGAUUGCAGGUUCAGUCAAUGAUUCUUUUUUGCAAAACUUCUUAAGGAAUUUUCAAUUUCACCAAAACGUGUGGCAUUUUUGAUUUUUAUCGGAGCAAAUCUGCCUUAGUGAGCAACUGCGGCAGAUGAAAGGUGUGUCGUUGGCCGCGUCUUGUCUAGAAAAUUACGGUUGUUUGGCAUGGCUUCGCUGGCGGUAUAAGUUGAGCGGAAGACCACGAUGCCGAUUGCGCCGAUUGAAAAGCGACAGUGCAUCCACACUUCAUGGCAGCGAGGGAAGCUUGCGGUUUUGGCAGGAGAAGGCAAUUAAAAAUUAUUUAUAAAAAUACCGAGUAAGCCACCGCCUUGGACUGCUGCCAAAAUAAUCAAGAAUCAAGUAUAAUAUUAGCGACCGCGGUGAAUGCUAUGCUGUGCGGUGCUAUGCUAUGUCACGGAUGGCCAAAUGUUUAAUUACGAUGCUGAUGAUAAUUUCGUUAAGAGGGGGAAAGACGAACUGAAAGCGAAGGCAGAAGCAGUGGUCGCAAGAAAUGCUACAAUUAUUGGACAAGCGCGCUUAUGGUACAUAUACGUACAUAUACAUAUGUAUGCAUACACCAUGUAUGCAACUGCAACAAUAACGUGACAUCUGAAAUGGCAUCAAUAUAUGUAUAGCAACGACAAAAGUAACAGCAACAACAACCACGGCGCAAAUAAUAUUGACAAAACGAAAUAACGGAAAUUCAAAAAGCACCAACCGCAAAGAAUUACCUUAUUCAAGAACAACAACUGGCACAUAUCCCAAACAUUUCCAAAUUUCUUUAUUCGCCUUUUGUAUGCGUUCAAAUGUUUAUGGAUAAGUGUGCAAAUGUGCGUGUGUUUUCCUGCAAUGGCAUGUAUUGCCAUUUUAUUAGCGCGGAGACCCCGCAGAAUAGAAUUUUGUUUUAGCUUUCGGUUCUGGGUGCGUUCGUGCGGCAAUUUCAAUAGUCACUUCGCUUUGAGAAUAAUUUCACGGUGACAGAAUCCUUUAAUUAUCAAUUUAUAUUUGCCGAUCGGGAAAGAGCGCGCAGUCGAGAGGCGCAUUUGGUGAAGUUGAGAAGGAGGAAUGUGAAUACACACCUACACGCACUCAUACACACAUUCAACCUGACCACCACUGGCUGACAGAACUCCGGCACUUAAAAUCAUCAUUUUCAUAAUCGGGCUUAAACCAAAUGCAUCCAUUUAAACUUAUAAAUUAAACGAAUGCGAGAGAAAUAAUGUAAAACUUGGUGCAACGCAGCUAGUGGCGGCGAUUUUCACUUUAAUUAGUGAGCCAACACAACAAUAUUAUUUUUGAGCAAAUGGCAAAUGAUUGAAGUGUCACUUAAGUGCCGACAACCAAAUAAACCGAUGGGCACAAGAACAUACACAUGCAUACAUACAUACAUACUUACAUGCCUAGAAUAUACACAGCAGAUAAAAUAAAUAAAUAUCAGAGCGUGGAAAACCGUAAAAUCAAAAUAUUAUAAAAUGUAAAAGCUUGUAUGUAUGUGAUGGUGUGCGUAUGUGUGCAAAAAUAGCUCAGCAACGCUGCGCCAAAAACGUAAAAGACAAAACGCUUGCCAAGUGCAAGAGGAGAUGCCAAGAACAAGUGCGAAAAAGACAUAAACAAAUUUGAAAUUUCAGAAAAACGUCACAUACAUUCAUAUAUAACACGAAAACGACUACAACAAAAAAAUAAAAAUAUUAAGUGUCAAGUAGUGGCCAAGAGACAGUGAUCAUUAAAAGCAACAAUAACAAAACAAAAAUACACCGCCAAUCUUCACAACAUAGGAAAAGAAACAACAAUUAGCAACAACAACAAUAACACAACACGGCCGAACACAUCCAGCGCCUAGCCUAGCCGCAACCUAGCCACGUUCGCGGUGAAGGUGACGGUGACAACUACAAAGAACAGUUUAUCAACAACACUACAUAACAACAAGAACAAGAACGAAUAACAUAAAUAACACAAACGACAACAAGAAGCAAAAGAUUUUUAGCGUUGGUGUUGUUAAUGGCGGAUGGACUGCGAUGGCGGUGAGGGCGCGUCGGCACGACUGGCACGACUGGCAGCACUGGUGACGUGUGACACAACGACCAGGACAGUCGACAGACCACUUUCCACCAUGCUACCUGCAGUACAGUUCGGGGCGUAGAAAGCGAAGCGCGUGUUCGAUCAGCGAACUUUUCUUCUGCGGCAGCUCGUCGACGGCAAUCGAACGGCCCAAGUGAUAACAGUAAAUUAUUGUAUUUAAAAAAACAAUUAAUACCAUUUCAGAGAAAUUGUUGAAAUGGAAUUCUAGUAAAUUGUAAACAAAUUAAAAAGGCAAAGCCCUCAACGAGCUCAGUGCAAAGGCGAUUUAAUAAAAUCAAGUAAAGUUAAUUUAAAUUAAAUGAAGAAAAAGUGUGGUUUGUUCAUAAAUAUUGAAUAGGGUACUAUUGAUAUUUGAAAUUAAAAAUAAAUUGCAACGUUUGUGCGAAAAGGUUGAAACAAAAUGUCUACCAAUACUCCAACAAUGCUUCCAUUAAAUGCAACAACAACACUCAACCAAACCGCAAUCAGUCAAACAGUGCAAAGAACUACAAACGUAUCCACAACGCGUCGAAAAAGACGAAAUUUGUGCAGUGAGCUUGAACAGUGCAACAGAAACCGCGUGGCGUCAAACGCUACAACAUCAACAACAAAUACACGAAUUGCUAUGAACAAAUUGGCAAAUUAUGCCGACUUACCAACAACAACGACGGCGCUACCAACAACAAUGGCAACAAUGACAACAAGAACAACCACAACAACAAUAUCUGCAACGACAAUGCGGGCGAUAGCGCCGCAACUUGCCACAAGGACCGCAGUGUCGCUAACAGCAACCACAACCCCACCGCCGCCACGAUUAUCGGCUGCCUCAGCGGUAACAACAUCAGCAACAGCAGCAACAGCAGCGGCAACAUGUACAGAGAUCAUGCACCACCGACGACAUCACUGUCAGCGGCGCGCAACUAUUGCAACAACACCAACAAGAGCGGAGACCCACAACAUCACAACAGCAUCGCCCCGUGCACGCGCCGCCAGUCUCGGCUUCAACCUGAGCACGGCAUUUGCGACCGCUCUCCUCCACACCAGUGUUGCAGUUGCAGCUGCUGCCUCGACACAGACCCAAACGCAUCACAGCGUCGCUGCCAAGCACCAGACGCCCCAGGCGCAGGCCGUGCUGGACAGCGGCAUGCUCUCACAACUGGACCCCAACGUCACUUCCACGUUGUUGGGCUCAGCAGGCGUCACCGUGACGCCAAACAAUUUCACGCUACUGGACGACGCUGGCGCGGAUAGUGUGGAGGGCAUCAACGAUGUCGCGAAUAGCGGUGAAUGGUUCGAUGUUGUGUACUUGGUGUUCAAGGCGUCCCUAAUGCUCUUCAUCAUAAUUGCGGCUAUUUUCGGAAAUCUUCUUGUCAUUAUUUCUGUGAUGCGAGUUAGAAAAUUAAGAAUUAUAACGAAUUACUUUGUCGUGUCGCUGGCUAUGGCCGACAUAAUGGUGGCUAUGAUGGCUAUGACGUUUAACUUCAGCGUUCAAGUAACUGGGCGUUGGAAUUUUGGAAUAUUUGUCUGCGAUCUGUGGAACAGCUUGGAUGUAUACUUCUCAACCGCUAGCAUUUUGCAUCUGUGUUGCAUAUCGGUCGACAGAUAUUAUGCUAUUGUAAAGCCGCUCAAGUAUCCAAUCAAUAUGACGAAACGCGUUGUGACCAUCAUGCUGAUAAACACGUGGGUCUCGCCGGCUCUGCUCUCCUUCCUGCCCAUAUUCAUUGGUUGGUACACGACCGAAGAGCACAAGAACUACGUGAAACGACAUCCCGAUCGCUGUGAGUUCAUCGUCAAUAAGCCAUACUGCGUCAUCUCCAGCUCGAUCUCCUUUUGGAUUCCUUGCACGAUCAUGAUUUUUACGUACCUGGCGAUAUUCCGGGAGGCCAACCGCCAAGAGAAGCAAAUGAUGGCGCGGCAAGGUAACGCGAUGUUGAUGCACCGACACUCCGAGGAUGCGCGUGCCAGCGUUGGAGUAAGCAACAAUACAGGUGAGGCGCUCAGCGGCUCCGGCUCGUCGAAAACAUUGACGCUGCACGAAGUGGAGCAGGACCACACACCGACAAAGGACAAACAUUUAAUCAAAAUGAAACGAGAACACAAGGCUGCGAGAACUUUAGGCAUCAUAAUGGGCACGUUCAUCGUGUGUUGGCUGCCAUUCUUCCUUUGGUACACCAUAACCAGUCUAUGCGACUUAACCGCGCCGGACAUUGUGGUCGCCAUACUCUUUUGGAUUGGCUACUUCAACUCAACACUCAACCCACUCAUAUACGCUUACUUCAACCGCGAGUUUCGAGAGGCGUUCCGCAACACCCUGCAAUGUCUCUUCUGCAACUGGUGGCGGGAUCGUGGUCUGCCGCUCGACAUCGACAUACGACGUUCCAGCCUGCGCUAUGACACACGCGCCAAAAGCGUCUACUCCGAGAACUACUUGAGCGCCAGCCAACCAACCAGGCGUACCAGCCAACUGGUCGACAGCUUAUAAUACAGCCGGGAUGACUCGCUGUUGUCGGUGGCGCGCACACCGCCGCAGCGAUCCACGUCAAUGCAGCUGCUGCCAACCCAACAGUCCAUGCAGAUGACUGACUCGACGCCAAUACGCGCUGCCGGCAGUGGCAUGCAUCAGUUGGCGCCACUCCCACUACCGUCGUAUGUCGGCAAGCGUUUGCUCGAGAUCAAACCUGGCGCUCGCAACGAUUUAAAUGGCGGCGAUAUGCAAGGCAGGGCUGGCGCGGACAUCGGUGAUGGCGAUGAUGAUGAACCGCAACAGAUACAGAUCGAAAUACCGUUGGCCUAUGUCAAGAAGUGGAACAAAAGCAAUAAAAUGACAACAGCAGCAACAACUACAACUACAACAGCGACAGCAGUAAACGCGGCCACGGUCAACACCACAAGCACAGCGUUGACUACAAUAACAACAACAGUGACAACGCCCAAAGGCUCUGAAAUACAUGAACACACACACGUUUAGGGAAAACUCUCGCCCCCACAGACCACUAACUGAGGUGACGAAGGUGUCAUGUGAGGAAUCCGAAUAGAAACCGCAUUGAGUACUUAUCGCAGAACUUUGUAUGUAUGUAUGCAUCAAAAAACGUCGUAACGGUAAAAAAGGAAAUAUAGAAUUUUGCCUUACGCAUACUCCAUUUGGCCAAAAGCUAUAGUUCUUAUUAUUCAGUUAGUUGAUGGAGACUGGGAAAUUAAUAAGAAGUUGUUAGUUACGCUUCGCAGUUGGAAAGAGAUUUAUUGUUCAAUUGUCCAAAUAUAAUUUAUUAGACGUGCGCUUAUCGUUUUCUGAAAAAACUGAAAGACCUAUAAACAUUCAAAAAUUUUUAUUGAAGUAAAUAUUUUUUGGCUAACUUUUCAUUUCGCAUUACACCACUUAAGCGUUAAAUGUAAAAAUCGAAAAUAAAAAUAAAUUUUAAAAAUUUACAAAAAUCGAUAAUAGUUAAAGGAUGUUUUAAAGCAGAAAUUUCUUCGUGUUUUAAACUCGUAAGCUUUAUCGGAAUUAAAACACAUUUGAAUCAAGUUACUUUUUCAUAAAAUAGUCGAUAUAUUCUCAUGCUUGGCAACAUUUAAUCGAUCAAUAAUCAGUAAUGCAAUUUUUAAUACUUUUUGCAGCACAAUAAUCCGCGAGAGCGCGUGUUGAACUUCUCUUUGCCGCUGUGCAACAUAUCCAAAAUCAUAGAUAUGUGUUUUUUGCUUCCGAUUCCCAAUUAAUUAGUAAAUGUGCACCUGAAUUAGCACCUGGCGCGGCAUCUGCGCCAGCAGCUGGCGGUUGCGUCGGCAAAAUUUAAUCAGACAAAAGCUUUUUUGCGGAAAUCAAUCGUGAAACAACGCCGACAUUUCGAUGCAAAAAAGGCCGAACACCGUGCACAAACCCGUUAUCGCGCUCACUUUCCGAUAAAAUUCAUAUAUUAUUCAAUAAGCGAUGUACUGGCAAACAAAAACCGUUAUGCAAUCACUUGCAAUUAAGCGACGCACAAAAGUGUGUGAAAUUAAUUCUCACCUUCUCCCAAACGACUUUCAAUCACUCGCCCCUUGUAGAUUUAAUCGCGUUUCAAUUGUGUUUAAAGCUAAAAAGCGGCAACAAAUUUGCUCGUAGCAAACAUUUUUAAAUAUUAUUAUUAUUCAACAACGCCGAAAAAAGCCGAAACGGACAAAAAACAUUGAAGCAUUUCGCAAAUAAACGAUUUUAUUUUAAUGAGAAAGUUACGCACACACCUGUUCCCAAACACAAUAUACUCAUACGUACCUACAUACAUACAUAUACAUGCGUACAGAUGUAUGCUAUAUGUGGAUGCAUACAUACAUACGAAACAUCCAUGUUUAAGUGAACUGCAAACAAUGUUAAUUAGCUAAUUAAAAAAGAAUGUGAACUAAGAGGAAAUGUAAAUUGCAUCGACGCGAGCGUGUGUGUGUGCUGGUGUUCAUUAUUUAACAUUUAAUCAAAUUGAAGCACGUUAACUAUGUGAACACAUUUAAACAUUUGAUGAAUAUGCCAAAUGCCAAAUCAAAAUUACUUCAUUGAAUUAAUAUUAUAAAAUGUUUAUAGUUCAUGACUGCUAGGAAUAAGACUUUUUCACUACGAAAAUAAUGAUUUGUGAGCAAUAAAAACCCGGAAUAAAUCGGCAAACUUUAAACAUUUAAAAAACCAGUUCGACUCGCUCAACUCUCAUACUUUUGAUAUCAUCAUUUCAUAAUUUUAUUUAUUAAUUUUCUGCGUGUUAGCACUUGGAAUAAUCUCGAUAGUCACACUUGCGAUAACCCACAAUAUUUCGUUUAUUUUUAAAUUUUUUUCACGUCUUUACUCCAAACGGUCUUAAUUGGCGGCAGUUGCCACACAACUAAAAAAGCAUUGCGAGCUUCUACAACUGUUCUAAUACUCAGUUUUUGUAAACUAAAUUUCGAAUAAUGCAUUCGAAGUGAAGAUCGUACUAAAAAAAAGUACGAAUUAUUUUAGCUCCGACUUCAUACAAGUUCCAUCUCACCGAAAUUGCUGAAAAAUAAACCAGACAAAAGCCCGUUAAAAAUUUUUUUUUUCUUUUAGCAAAACAUAUAAAGCUUACUAAAAUCUGCCAACUUACUAUAUAACAAUUCAUAUUGAGGGGCUUUUCUCAAAAUACAACAUAUGUAGUUAUAAAAUUGACAACAACAGCAAUAAAAAAUAGCUUAUAGAAAGGCGAGUAACGCAGUAAAAUGCUUAGAAGACUAACCAUACGAGUAUUUUAGCAGUAAUCACUAUGCAAAUACAAAAUACAAAAACAAACGAAAAAAUAAAAAAGAAGCAUAAAAUAGCCAACAUAUACGAAUGUAAGUAGGAAGAGAAAUGUAAAAACUGAAUUAGUGACAAUCGAAAGCAAUAAACAUUAGGCAACAUUGUUUGUGUAAUCUGUUUGUAUAUAUGUUUGUAUGAGUAACAACUAACUAGAGACUAAUAACAAUUAACAAAAUUUAUGCUAAUAAAUUAUUAUUAAUAUAUAAAUGAGAAUAUUAGGUAAUUAUACGAAGUAUGCAUAUAACAAUUAGCAAAACAAAACAGAACAGAAAUUACCACAAUGAAAUAUUCAAAAAUGUACCAAAAAUAGAAAUCAAAAACUUUUAAUAGAUUAGUUUUAGUCAAAAUUCAAAGUAAUGUAAACGCGAAAGAUAACAAAAAAUCAAAUCUUAAGCAAUCUAAUUACGUAACUCUCAUAAAUGUUGAAUGUACACGAGAAGCAAACCUUCGAAACAAUCCCAAACUGACUUAACGGACUGUAAAAGAAUCAUAUUCAAAAUUAGGUAACAAAAAAAUGUACUUACAUAUGCGCCACAGACUGCUCCAUUAGUGGUGUUACGAAAGCCGAAAACCGUGCAACAAAAUACGUAAAGGAGAAACUCUUCCAAGAAACUCGAAAUUCUGCUAGAUCCAAAAUAUUGAAAUUAACAUAAUCUUUCAAACCGAUCCAAACCAAAUAAGCAAUAACAGUUGUUUCACCAACACAAACGCAUCAAUGACAAUGCAAUUAUAAAAGAAUUAUUAGGAGACAAAAAAGACAAUUACCAAUAAAUACAAGUAGUAAAUGUGGCUUCCAAAAGAAUUUCGCAAAACCUUGCUUCUAGAAUUGGCCUGCUGUCGCUUCUGUAAGUUAUGCUGGCACUUUCAAGUCUUCCCAACCUUAUCUUCUUCCGACAAAUGGUUUUAGAGCUAUUUUUGACAUAAAUUCUGUUUUUUAAGAAAAACCAUUCCACGAGCAUUCAUUAUUUUUGAAAACGCUUUCACCCAAAUUACAUUAAUAAGUCAAUAAGUCGACUUUUCAAUAUACUCUUUGCACUUUCAUAAAUCUGAGAAUAUCAAUAAACAUACAGCGAACAACUUGCUCUAUUCAACAGCUUUGGAAAAUUAUGUGUACAUUUUUGAAAAACAAUAACAUAACGCUUGGUAUUAUAUAAUAUUUCACUUCCUUUCAUUAAACCAAUCUUAGUGCAACAAAUUCGUCGAAUUUGGAAUUAAGAAAACAAUUCUCAUUAAAGCAACUCAUCACAAAAUAAAAGUAAAUCUAAUUAUCUCAGUCACUGGCGAGAGGUUUGCGUUGCAAUUCCUGGAAUUAAGUUGACUGGGUAGCCAUCAAAGCACGGCUUGCAAAUCGCUUUAUAAGUCAGCAACUUGAUUCCAGCAAAUGCGAUGCCAAACGAACGGCAAAAAUGUGGAUGUGUGUGUGCGAAAAGUUUUAAAAUUUUGUGGCAUGUGACUCAAAAGCUUAAUGAAGUGAAAGUUUU